CCAACGAUUUUUUUAAUUAAUUUUCUAACUAAACAAAAAAAAACAAAAUACAAAAUUGUCUCUCACUAGUCGCUCUAGUCACCCCUAUAUAUACCUGAAGAACUCAGCUCACUUUCUCUCCAAAAAAAAAACAGAGAGUCUUUCCAAGAAAGUUUCUUCCUUUUUCUCUCUCGAAUGGAUCCUAAAGAAACUCACCAACAGCAGCAGCAGAAUCGCAACAACAACGCCGCCGCAUUAACGUACCCCACCUCCACUUCUCAGGCCGUGCACAACCGUUCAUCUGUCGGUGCUCUCUCUCCGCGCCAGACUCAACCUCAGCAACAAGCGCUCAUGCUCAACGCAUCUCCUUACUCCGUCGCGACCCAACAACCGGGGAUGCAACUCGGGAACGCUCCUGAUGGUGGAGAUAGCGGCGGAGACGCAAAUGCUAGCACACCUGCUAAACGGCUCAUAGGUCGUCCUCCCGGCUCCCGUACUAAGAAGCGGCGCAACUACUGGAGAGGAGGAGAAGGAGGACCGCUUAAAGCUCAUGUCAUUGACGUCAAUGCUGGAGAGGACAUAGCUAUGAAGUUAGUGGCGUUUAUGAAUCAAGAACCACGCGACGUCUGUAUUCUCUCAGCUUCAGGAGAUGUAUCUAGUGCGGUGUUUCACUCUAAGAAUCCUAUUGGACUUGUUAGGCUUCAGGGCCAAUAUGUUAUCACUUCUAUGUCAGGUACUUUCUCGAACACUGAGAGUAAUGGUACUGUGACCAGAACUGGUACCUUGAGCGUGUCUCUAGCUGGCCCUGAUUACAUGGUUGGGGGUUGUGUUGGUGCUGGUGGAAGCCUUGUAGCUGCAUCACAAGUCGAGGUCAUUGUUGGAACCUUUGGAUCAGAGGGAGUGAAACCGAGCGCAGCUUCUUCAGCACCAGCCAAUGUGUCAGGAUUCCCUCAGUCUCAGGGACCACAACGUUCAAGCCAGUCGUCAGAGGAAAAUGCUAGUACAUCUCUUGGAAACUCUACGCCACAACCACCUCACCAUCUUCCCCUCUGGCCUGGCAACAAUCCUCAAUAAGCAAAUGGUUCAUGGGACGUG